UUCACUUGUAAAAAUUUUCUUAUAAAUUUGAUUAGUGGCUUGACUUUGAUGAUUCUACAUUUUUAUAGGUGUUAUUCCAAAUGAGAUUGGCCAUCUUAAUAAUUUGCUAUAUUUGUCCAUUGAUUCUAACAAAUUGGGGGGCCCUUUGUUGCCGAGCUUUUUUAACAUAUCGUCUUUGAAGACUAUUUCCUUGAGAGAUAACUCUCUAAAUGGGACAUUGCCAAGAGAAAUUGGUUACAUGAAAGCUCUCAAGGAAUUAUACCUCAUCAACAAUACUUUUACCGGUGUGAUUCCAGAAGAGAUCGGUGCCCUUGAUAAUUUAGCUGCAUUGUACAUGGCUUCCAACAACUUCAUCGGCCGUUUGCCUCCAGUCAUUUUCAACAUGAAAUCACUUAUCGCAUUAUCUCUCGAGAAGAAUGCUUUGACUGGUACCAUUCCUAGAGAAUUAUUCACAGCUAAAAUAGAGAGUAUUGAUCUCUCCACUAACCUUUUCGAAGGCUCCAUACCACCAAAUAUUGAAAAAUCCCACAACUUGACUUACCUCAACUUGGCCACAAACAAUCUCUCCUCCUCCAUACCUUCCACCAUUGGAAACCUCCACUCCCUCAAAACCCUAAUCCUCCACUCCAACAACUUCAUUGGACAGAUUCCAUCAUCCAUUUGCAACCUCACAUCCCUCCAAUUCCUCCACCUCUCAAACAACACUCUGCAUGGAGCAAUCCCAAAGUGUUUAGGACAUCUGAGUAAAUCUCUGCAAGUUCUUCAUCUGAAGGAGAAUGCCUUCCACGGCCUCAUCCCGCGGUCGUUCCCCAACGGCUGCGCUCUCGAGUCUCUCGACCUCAACGGCAAUCAUCUCCGAGGAAAGCUGCCGCAAACCCUAGCAAAUUGUGGGAAGCUGCAGGUGCUCGACGUCGGAAACAAUAGAAUACAAGAUGAAUUUCCCUUUUGGUUGCAGACUCUCGCGGAUCUCCGAGUCCUCGUCUUGAGCCGCAACAGAUUCAACGGCGCCGUUUCGCCGCCCAUCGACGACGAUCCCGCUCCGUUUCAAAAGCUGCAAGUGUUGGAUAUUUCUGAGAAUAAAUUCAACGGCUCCCUCCCAACUAGGUAUCUCGCCACCUUCCCCGCCAUGAUGAACGUGAGGGAAAAUGUGACAGAGAAGAGAAACUGGUUCAGCAAAUACGAGGAAUCAAUGGUGUUUGUUCUCAAAGGUACGGAGCAGCCGGUGGUCAGAAUCUUGACGGCGUUCACCGCGAUCGAUGUGUCCGGGAACUACUUCUCCGGGGAGAUUCCGGAAUCCAUAGGGAAUCUUAACUCGCUGAGAUACCUGAACAUGUCGCGCAACGGUCUCACCGGGAAGAUUCCGUCCUCUCUCGGGAGCGUGAAGGCGCUGGAAUCGUUGGACCUGUCGUCGAAUCGAUUGAGCGGCGAGAUUCCUCGGCAGCUGACGGGGUUGAAUUUCCUUUCCGCGUUGAAUCUUUCGGGGAAUGAUCUUGUCGGGGAGAUUCCUCAAUCUGGCGGCCAGUUUCCGACAUUUGAUAACAGCUCGUACGUUUGGAACUCGGGAUUGUGCGGAUUCCCGUUGACUAAAAAGUGCGGUCAGACUCCGACGUUGACUCGUGACGAUCAAGAUGAAGAUGAAGAUGAGUCUGAUUUUGUGGAUGGAUUUAGUUGGAAACCUGUGGUUUUGGGAUAUGGAUGUGGAUUCGGGAUUGGAGUUUUGAUGGGUUGUUUUGUGAUGAAAUAUGGAAGGCCUAAAUGGCUUUUGGAACCAUUUUUCGGUGUUCGGUCAAACUUGAACCAAAUUAUACCGAUCUUCUCCAUUGAUGGACGGGAGUAGGGGUGGAUCUGAGGGCUCAA